AUGCAAGCAGAAGCUGACGAUUGGAUUGAAGAGGAAUUUGGUAAUACAAAUAAAAAGGAUAAAAAACAAAAGAAGAAAGGAUCAGACGAUCAAAAAACGGAUGUUGAUAAUUUUGAAGUAAAAGAAUCCGAAUUGAAGCAAGUGGAAGCUGAUGAUUGGGUUGAAGAAGAAUUUGAAGAAAAAAGAACCGAAAUAGUUGAAGCUGACGAACCUGCUGAAGAGACUGCUGCGCUUGCGGCUAUUCGAGCACAACUAGAGGCUGAGCGGAAGAAAGAAUACGGAAAGAACAAGAAGAACAAAGACGAAUUGAAGGCCAAGAAAGAAGAACUUAAAAAGUCAGGUAAAUACUUAAGCCAGAAACAAAGGGCAAAACAGCAGCAGGACAGAAUGCGGUUGGAGCAGAUGAUAAAAUCUGGAUACAAGAUAGAGGGUCUUGACAAAGAGGGUGAACAAGCUCCAAAGAGAGUUGUAUACGCUAAUAAGAAGAAGAGCCCAACAAAGCAAACUUUGGAUAAAACGGAGACAGAGGUUUUAACAUUAAAAGCGGACGAUAAACCCGAAACUUCAGAAAAUUUAAAAGAUGAAAGAGAAAUCGACACUAAUAAAGAUGUAAAAGAAAACUGGGAAAAGGACGAGGAUGUAGAAAGCAAUAAAUCAACCGAAAUAAAUGAUGGUAUCAGAGAUACUUGGGAUGUAUCAUCAGAUGAAAUAGAAUCAGGGGACGAGAAGAUUCCAAAGAAUGUCACUUCAGUCGAAAACCCAUCAGCGACUCCCGUAAAAACUGAUACGGAUAAAAAGAAGGAGCCAACGAAGGUCGUUGGUACGGAUAAAAAGGAGCCUGCAAAGGUUGUUGAUACAGACAAAAAGAAGGUCGUUGAUACGGAUAAAAAGAAGGCGCCAGCAAAGGUUGUUGACACAGUUUCAACACAAAAAAAUGUAUCAGUUAAGGAUGCAGAGUUAGAAGAUGCAUCUGAGAGUGGGUCAGAUGUAUCUGAAACAGAAGAAGAUAGUGAUGAGGAUAGUGGUGAAGAAACUGACAGUGAAAAAAUUACGGAGCAUCAAAAACAAAUGCUGAAACAAAAAACCGAUGCUGCAGAACGUCGAAAGAAACGACAUGAAGAGGCACUCGCUGCUCGUUCUAAAGACAACUUGAGAUCGCCAAUCUGCUGCAUUUUAGGACAUGUCGAUACAGAUAUGUAUAUUAUUUGGCUUUUUUCUUUAUACAUGAUGAUUCAUGAUCUUAUUUCUGUACCUUAA